AUGCCCAAACAGGAGCAACAAUAUCUGCAGAGAAGGUGUGUAAUUGAGCUAUACGAUCAGCAUGCGUUUAAAGGUACCAAGUGUCUGAUCACAGGGAACUGUCCGUCAUUGGACCGCUGCAGUAUAACAGAGGUUCGCUCCUGUAAGGUGAUCCGAGGCGUCUGGAAGCUCUGGAAGGGUCGUGGCUACAAUGGAGAUGAUUACCUACUGAAGGAGGGAGAGUAUCCCGAUCAUAAGGCACUGAGCGAUUGCAAAUCCACUGCUUCUGCUCCUGCUCCAGCUCCCGUUCCUGAUCCUGCUUGGUCUCUUGAAUGUCUGCCAUUUAAGAUCCACCUCUAUGAAAAGGUGAAUUUUGAAGGCCCAAACUUUGAGACAACAGUUGAUUGUUGUUCAUUGGAUGGCUGUGGUAUAAAUGAGGUCCACUCCUGUAAGGUGCUCAGUGGUGUCUGGGAUCUCUAUGGGGGUCCUGACUAUGCUGAACCCCGUUACCAACUACAGAAGGGGGAGUAUCCCAAUCCUGGGUCGUGGUGUGCCAGUGACCCCACUGCUCCUGCUCUCUCUGUUAAAUGUGUGACAGAGUAA